AUGAUCGUGUCAACAGUCCCAGAGGAGGAGGGUUAUAUCACCUUCAAAUACCCAUCCCUGCCGAAGGAAUGUCGCACCUGGUAUCGGGUCGUCGGCGACUUGUCCUCUGGCCGCCGGCCGCUGGUGACUCUUCACGGCGGCCCUGGUGCGGGGCCUGUCUACCUGACUACGCCGUUUGACAAAUACGCCGCGACUACAGGAACGCCGGUCAUCUAUUAUGAUCAGAUCGGCAACGGGAAAAGCACGCACUACCGGGAGAAGAGGCUGGACGAGGAGUUCUGGACGGUCGAUCUGUUUCUUGCUGAAUUGGACAAUGUGCUGCGCUACCUCAAGGUGCGCGACAACUUCGACCUGUACGGCCAGUCGUGGGGCGCGAUGCUGGCAGGAAAAUAUGCAUCCUCAUCUUACGUAGAGGGCAGCGGCCUCCACAAGAUAGUUCUGGGUAGCGGCCCGUGCAGGAUGAAAGACUGGGUGAAGGCGGGAGAGAAGCACGUGGCUGAGCUGCCCGAGCAUCUGCAGGAGGCGAUCCGCAAGGCGUCGGAUAAGGAAGAUUGGAAUAAUCCCGAGUACAAGAAGGCCGUCAUAGAAAUUUACAAGGUGCACAUGUGCAGGCUAGACCCCUGGCCACAAAUCUUGCUCGACGCAUUCGAGCAGCUCGAGUCGGACGACACGGUCUACAUGACCAUGGAAGGACCUGACGAGAUCCACGUGACGGGCAGCUUGCGCGAUUUCGACUUGACAGAGGCAUGCAAGGCCAUCACUGUACCUUGUCUGAUCAUCAAUGGCGAGUACGAUCAGUGCGAUGAUGAUUGCGCGAGGCCAUGGUUUGAGGGAAUCCCGAAAGCCAAGUGGAUUACGAUCCCCGAUGGCUCACACAUGGUUCAUCUGGAGCAGCCAAAGAGAUAUGCUGAAUUUGUAUGGAAUUUCUUGAAAUAG